CGCCGACGAUGGCGGGCGGUGAUGGCGCCGGCGCCGGUCUGUGCUCCGUCUCGGUGGCGUCCUGCCUGCUGCUGGCCUGCGGCUACGUGGGCAGCCUGUACGUGUGGAGGAGCCGGCUGCCGAGGGAUCACCCCACCGUGAUCAAACGCCGCUUCACCAGCGUGCUGGUCGUCACGGCGUUGUCUCCGUUGUGGGUCUGGCUGUGGCGCCAGUACACGGGCUUCAAGACAGGUCCAUCGCUGCUGAUGCUGAUGGGUGUCCAUUCGGAGGGCAUCUUCGCUGCCGCCUGCUUUCCUCUCCUGCUGACAAUGGUGCUGUUCUUGGGCCCACUGAUUCAGCUGCUCAUGGACUAUUCGUGGGAUUUCAACGACGGGCUAAAGAUGUUCCUCGACCCUCGGUGCUGGGGGCAGUGUCUUGUGGACAUCCGGUGGAUGCGGAACCAGGUGGUGGCCCCACUGACGGAGGAGCUGGUGUUCCGGGCGUGCAUGCUGCCUAUGUUGGUGCCUUGCACGGGCCUCGGCCGCGCCAUCGCAACGUGCCCGCUGUUCUUCGGCGUCGCUCACUUCCACCAUGUGAUCGAGCUGCUGAAGUUCAGACAAGGAACGGUGGCGGGCAUUUUCCUCUCAGCAGUUUUCCAGUUUUCCUACACAGCGGUGUUUGGGGCGUACACAGCGUUUAUCUUCAUCAGGACAGGUCACUUGAUUGGCCCGGUGCUCUGCCACUCGUUCUGUAACUACAUGGGAUUCCCAGCCAUGGGGGCGGCUCUCGAGCACCCGCAGAAACUCCUGGUCUUCUUCUUCUACGUGCUGGGGGUGGUCCUCUUCCUGCUGCUGCUCUUCCCGCUGACGGAGCCCGCCUUGUACGGGCCGCUUGCUCUGUGUCGCCUCGCCCGGCCGGAGAACGGCGCCUCGGUCUGCACUUGACCCCGGAGUCCAUCGCUGCUGCUGCUCCCACCUCCCUCAUUCCUUCCCUCCUUCCCUCCCUCCCUCCCUCCCUCCUCAAACAGCCCAUCCAACAUUCAGGGAAAUCGCCUUCGGUAGGCACCACCAAUGGAUCGGGGAACCUCGCGGUAACCGCGGAACGGAAUCCGCGCGAGGAGAGAAAUCCCGCUCGCGGCAUCGGCCGUUUUUCGCUCGUUUCCCCGGCAGAGCGGGAGAAAAGAUAAAACAAGGACGGAAAAAACUUGGACACGCCCUCCGACCUCCGUGGGAACGCUGAGACCACGCAGACGCAUCGCGGCCCAUCGACCUCCGAGGUCUGGCGGUCCCUUGUGUUUUAAAUCAAAUUCCGGCCACGGUCAAUCGAAAGAGGGUGAUCGAUGCUUGUUUCUCUGCCAUCACCCCCCCCCCCCCCCCAACGCCUGUCCCUGCAACGUCCACACUGCCAGUGUUGCAACUGCUCAGGAUUUGUUCACAUCCUCCCCUCAACUCUGGGAUUCCGAGGCCACUGAUCGGGUCGUGAUGCUCGGUAACGCCACUUUCCUCUCGCUAACCUCUCUCUCCGGCCGUGCACGUUCGUUCCCCCCACACCGGCAACAGCGCUGACUUGUGAACCCUCGGCGCCCAGCGUUCAGUUCAGAUCAGUCACUCGUACCGAGGUACAGUGAAAAGCUUUUGUGGCGGUG